GUGCUGGAUGAAUUCUCCAGGCAGGUCAGUAAGAUCGACUGGCCCUCGGGAUCCCCGGCCACAAUCAGCUACGCAGCCUUGGAUGGGUACCUCAGUAAAUACCAGAACCCCCGCGAUGCCGACCCGAUGACCAGAGUGCAGGCAGAGCUGGAUGAGACCAAAAUCAUCCUGCACAACACCAUGGAGUCACUGCUGGAGCGAGGGGAGAAGCUGGAUGACUUGGUCUCCAAAUCAGAGGUGCUGGGGGCACAAUCCAAAGCCUUCUACAAAACU